AUGGAUAUUCAGCCAAAAGUAGACGAGAACGGAAGUCCCUAUCCCAUCCCAUCAGACUCAGAAGCAUUACUCCCCAAUAAUCACAACUCCAACGAACCAAUACCCCCACAUCAACAACUACCAUCCUAUUAUAACCACCUUCCAACUACUCAAGACCAAGCAAACGCUCGUCGAACUGGCCUGACCGACUCAAGCGAGCGCUCAGCUAUCGAUAUGCCACCCCCGAUCACCCACGAGCUCGACCCGUUUACCCAUGCGAUCGGGAUCUCAGAUGAGGACGAACAGGGCUACGCGUACGGGGCGGAGGAUGAGAAGGAGUCAGCAUAUGCGAACAUCGUCAGCCAGGACGAUCACAACACCUUCAGCUCAUCCAUUCAUUCAUCCGCCAAUCCCCACUGGGGUCCCGCACCGGCCGGACGCGCCCUCCGACGAAAUCGCACCCGCAAGAGGGUCGCCCUCACCAACGGAAACUUGGUCAUCGAUCGUCCCAUACCCGGGAGACUGCUAAGCUUCCUACCCCGGAGGGGAGAGGAGGAGUUCGAGAUCAUGUCCUACACCGCUGCCACUUGUGAUCCUGAUGACUUUGAAUCAGAGAAAUAUACACUUCGGGCUGCUAAGAUGAACCGCGAAACUGAGCUUUUCGUUGGCGUUACGAUGUAUAAUGAAGACGAAGUUUUAUUCACCCGAACGAUGCACGGAGUCAUGAAAAAUAUCGCUCAUCUUUGUACCAGGAAUAAAUCUAGAACGUGGGGCAAAGACGGCUGGAAGAAAGUGGUGGUCUGCAUCGUUGCAGAUGGCCGGAAGGUCAUUCAUCCACGCGUUCUAGACUGCCUUUCGGCAUUGGGUGUUUAUCAAGACGGAGUCGGAUCCAACAUGGUUCAAGACCAACCGGUAACCGCCCACAUCUACGAGUUCACCACCCAACUUUCGGUCGACAGUGACCUGAAGUUCAAAGGCUUAGAGAAGGGCAUCGUACCUACCCAGAUCAUCUUCUGUAUGAAAGAGCGGAACCAGAAGAAGAUCAACUCUCAUCGGUGGAUGUUCAAUGCCUUCUGUCCGCUCCUUCAACCUAAUGUCUGCGUCCUUCUCGACGUGGGCACCAAGCCGGGACCGCGCAGCUUGUACCAUCUUUGGAAAUGCAUGGACCUCAACUCUAACGUCGGUGGCGCAUGUGGCGAGAUUUGUGCAAUGAAGGGCAAAGGCUGGCUCGGACUACUCAAUCCGCUAGUGGCUGCUCAGAAUUUCGAAUAUAAAAUGUCAAAUAUCUUGGAUAAACCAACCGAGUCCGUCUUCGGUUACAUAUCUGUUUUACCCGGCGCAUUCUCAGCCUAUCGAUACAUUGCACUGAAGAACGAUGAGAUCGGCCGAGGACCGCUAGCGUCAUACUUCAAGGGUGAGACUCUUGCCGGUCGGGAUGCGGAUGUGUUUACCUCGAACAUGUAUCUGGCGGAGGACCGGAUCCUGUGUUGGGAGCUGGUGGCCAAACGAGGACACAACUGGGUGCUCAAGUACGUCAAGAGCGCCUGGGGAGAGACCGAUGUGCCCAACGAGGUCCCAGAAUUCAUCAGUCAGCGCCGGCGGUGGCUCAACGGAAGCUUCUUCGCCGCUAUCUAUUCUUUGGCUCACAUUGGACAGAUGACGCGGACCGAACACUCUCGAAAGAAAGCUCUCGCACUCUACUUCGAAGGACUCUACAACUUCUUGAAUCUUUUAUUUGCUUGGUUCGGAUUAGCAAACUACUACAUUUUCUUUGUAUUACUAUCAUCCUCACUCGAAGAUCCAUCUCUCAAAAUGCCCAAGGCAGUCAGAAUCAUCAACACUCUAUUACACUAUCUCUAUACUGGAACUUUGAUAGGAUGUUUUUUGCUAUCGAUGGGCAACCGACCACAAGGGGCCAAGUGGAAGUAUAUCACUGCCAUGAUCAUCUUUGCGGGUCUUGCACUCUACAUGUUGGUCGCGUGCGUCUUGAUUUUAGUCAAAGCUGUCAAGGGUGGUGCCAAUGCCACCCUGUAUGCGCAAAUCGUCAUUUCAUUGAUCGCAACCUUGGGCUCUUGGAUCACAUCUAGUAUCCUAGCGCUAGAUCCGUGGCAUUUGCUGACUUGUAUGUUGCAGUAUCUGUUAUUGGCCCCAGCAUAUAUCAACGUCCUCAACGUUUAUGCAUUUGCGAACCUUCACGAUUUUUCAUGGGGCACGAAGGACCAUAACAUCAUUCUGACCGACCUGGGAGUAGCCGUCUCUGCAGGCGAUUCGAAAGUAGAAAUCACGUGUCCAUUGGAGCAGAAGGACCUUGACCAGACCUACGAUGAAGCGCUCAUGAACCUCAAGACGCGGCCCAAACUGCUCGAAAAGAAUCGGUCGGACAAGGAGAAAGAAGCUCUCAAACAGGACUAUUACAAGAGUGUUCGGACAAACGUCGUCUUGCUCUGGACGCUCACCAACGGUAUCUUGGUCGGUUGCAUUUUGGAUGGGGAUGUCACAGGCUCAUUUGCUACUGGGAAAGCCAGCUUGAAGGUCCGGCUAUACAUGAUCAUCAUCCUUGGCUUUGUAGCCUUCAUGGCGCUGAUCCGGCUCGGCGGCUCGACUAUCUACUUGGGCAUUCGACUGUUCGCCGGCUGA